AUGGAUCCCAAAAUACUUUAUUUCCUUCCUCUGGUAUAUCUCUUCACAAUUACUUUUGCUUCCACAGAGGAAGCAACAACUCUUCUUAAAUGGAAAUCAACUUUCAAAAACCAGAAUAAUUCCUUAUUGGCUUCUUGGACACUACGUCAUCCUGCUGCUGCCAAGAAUUUUUCGAGCCAUGAUCCAUGCAGGGACUGGUAUGGAGUUAAAUGCUUUAAUGGUCGAAUACACAGGUUGAAUAUUACAAAUUCUGGUGUCAUUGGUACACUCCAUGAUUUUCCAUUUUCAUCUCUACCUUUUCUUGAAUAUAUUGAUUUUAGUAUGAACAACCUUUCUGGUCCCAUUCCUGCAGAAAUAGGGAAACUUACCAACCUUGUCGAAAUUGAUCUUGAUACAAACCAGUUAACAGGUCAUAUUCCUCCGGAAAUAGGCAACUUGAUCAAUGCAAAAUUGUUCUAUGCUUACUCCAAUGAAUUGUCUGGUUCCAUUCCUAUUGAAAUAGGGAAGAUGAAGUCACUUGAAAGUUUAAGCUUACAGAAAAACAAUCUUUCUGGUCCAAUUCCAAAAUCUUUAGAUGACUUAACUGAGCUCAAAAUUUUGGACCUUUAUUCUAACCAACUUUCUGGUCUCAUUCCUAGUGAGUUGGGGAAUCUGAAAAACCUCAAUGGGCUAGAUUUAUCCGAUAAUAAGCUUAGUGGUUCAAUUCCAAUUAAUCUAGGCAACUUGAUCAAUGCAAAAUUGUUCUAUGCUUACUCCAAUGAAUUGUCUGGUUCCAUUCCUAUUGAAAUAGGGAAGAUGAAGUCACUUGAAAGUUUAAGCUUACAGAAAAACAAUCUUUCUGGUCCAAUUCCAAAAUCUUUAGAUGACUUAACUAAGCUCAAAAUUUUGUACCUUUAUUCUAACCAACUUUCUGGUCUCAUUCCUAGUGAGUUGGGGAAUCUGAAAAACCUCAAUGAGCUAGAUUUAUCUGAUAAUAAGCUUACUGGUUCAAUUCCAAUUACUUUAGGUGACUUAACUGAGCUUGAAACUCUGUACCUUCAUUCUAACCAACUUUCUAGUCUCAUUCCUAGAGAAUUGGGGAAUUUGAAAAAUCUCAAUGAUCUGGAGCUAUCCCAAAAUAAGCUUACUGGUUCAAUUCCAAUUACUUUAGGUGACUUAACUGAGCUCAAAAUUUUGUACCUUUAUUCUACCCAACUUUCUGGUUUCAUUCCUAGUGAAUUAGGGAAUCUGAAAAACCUCAAUGAGCUAGAUUUAUCUGAUAAUAACCUUACUGGUUCAAUUCCAAUUACUUUAGGUGACUUAACUGAGCUUGAAACUCUGUACCUUCAUUCUAACCAACUUUCUGGUCCCAUUCCUAGAGAAUUGGGGAAUUUGAAAAACCUUAAUGAUCUGGAUAUAUCCGUUAAUAAGCUUAAUGGUUCAAUACCAAUUACUCUAGGUCAAUUAGCUGAGCUCAAAAUUUUGUACCUUUUUUCUAACCAACUUUCUGGUCUCAUUCCUAAAGUGUUGGGGAGUUUGAAAAACCUCAGUGAUCUGGAACUACAAGAAAAUCAACUUAUUGGUCCAAUUCCUGCUUCCUUUGGCAAUUUGAGAAACUUGCAAUUUUUGUAUCUCCACACCAACAAACUUUCUGGUUCUAUUCCAAAAGAACUUGCAUUUUUGGAUAACUUGGUUGAGCUGAUAAUAAGUGAAAAUCAGCUUUCAGGCCAUUUGCCUGAGCAUCUUUGCCAAGGUGGGAAACUUGAGAACUUCACGGUGAAUAAUAACAAGCUCACAGGGCCAAUACCAAGCAGCUUAAGCAAGUGCUCGAGUUUCAAAAGGCUGCGCUUCAAUAAUAACAGUUUUACUGGGAAUUUAUCUGAAGCUUUUGGCAUCCAUCCACACCUUCAUUUCAUUGAUUUGAGCGACAAUGAUUUUUAUGGUGAACUCAGCAGCAACUGGGGGAAAUGCGAAAAUUUGAUUGAUCUGCGUGUAGCCAGAAAUAACAUUAGUGGAAUUUGGAAAAUUAACCUCUCUGGUUAA